UUAGAAAAUGGUUAUAUAUUUGACAUUAACACUUUGUUUUGUUUACAUCUUGCAAAUUAUAAAUUCAUCAAUUUUUUGCCUCUAAAAUGACAGAAUUAACUAAAAAAGCCACACUAAAAUGCAAACAGCAAGUGAUACGAGCGGUCCGGUUCAACGUGGAUGGCUCCUACUGCCUCACAUGCGGUGCGGACAAGAAAAUAAAACUUUGGAACCCGCACAAAGAAAUACCCUUAAAAACUUACGGCGGCCACGCAAACGAGGUGCUAGACGCUGCGGGGUCCUGUGAUAGCAGCCAUAUAGUGUCUUGUAGUUCAGAUAAGUCUGUUAUCCUGUGGGAUGUCACCACAGGGCAGCCGUUACGGCGGUACCGAGGUCAUGCUAGUUCGGUCACCUGUGUUACCUUCAAUGAGGAGUCUUCUAUGGCCGUGUCAGGGUCAGUUGACAACACUGUCGCCUUCUGGGACAUCCUCAGCCGAAGACAGGAGCCAGUGCAGACGUUGAAAGAUGCUAAAGACACAAUAUCAUCCAUAAAAGUUACCGACCAUGAGAUUCUAACCUGCUCUGUUGAUUGCCAUGCAAGGUUGUACGAUUUGCGGAUGGGGCAGAUGACAUCUGACUUUGUUGGUGAUAUAGUGACAUACGGCAGCCUUACACACGACGGCCAGUGCUAUGUGCUCAGUUGUUCUGAUAGUACAGUAAAAUUGUUUGACAAAGAUUCGGGAGAGUUACUUAAUACAUUCAAAGGUCACGAAAGUAAGGACUUUUUGAUAGAAAAUGCAGUGAAUGCCAAAGAUAGUCAUGUAAUCUCCGGUUCUGCUACCGGUGAGGUUUGGUACUGGGACUUGAUAUCAAGUACUUGCACUCAAAAACUAGUGCAUAGUAGAAAUAAGCCUGUUGUGUCAAUAAGUCAUCAUCCCACUGAUAACUUCUUGCUAACUGCAUGUCAAGAUGAGGUGGUGAUGUGGGGUGAAACUAAUACUAUGGAAGAAUAAAAAAUAUAUGGAGUUGAA